AGUGUGCGCCGCGGGUGCUGGGGGCUCGAGAACCGAGCGGAGCUGGUUGAGCCUUCAAAGUCCUAAAACGCGCUGCCGUGGGUUCGGGGUUUAUUGAUUGAAUACCGCCCAAGCGGGAGACUUCUGCAAAGAGGGAGCAAGAGACAGAAAUGGAGAAACGGAUUCAUUUAGAGCUGCGGAACAGGCCGCCCUCCGAUGUGAAAGAGUUGGUUCUGGACAACUGUCGGUCAUGUGAUGGUAAAAUCGAAGGCCUCACAGAUGAGUUUGAAGAACUGGAGUUCUUAAGUACAAUCAACGUAGGCCUCUCCUCAGUUGCAAACUUACCAAAGUUAAAUAAACUUAAGAAGUUUGAACUAAGUGAUAACAGAAUCUCCGGAGGACUGGAAGUAUUGGCAGAAAAGUGCCCGAAUCUCACACAUCUAAAUCUAAGUGGAAACAAAAUAAAAGACCUCAGUACAAUAGACCCACUGAAAAAGUUAGAAAACCUCAAGAGCUUAGAUCUUUUCAAUUGUGAGGUGACUAACUUGAACGACUACAGAGAAAAUGUAUUCAAGCUCCUCCCCCAGCUCACAUACCUUGACGGCUAUGACCGGGAUGACAAGGAGGCCCCUGACUCCGAUGCUGAGGGCUACGUGGAGGGACUUGAAGAUGACAAGGAAGAUGAGGAUGAGGAGGAGUAUGAUGAAGAUGCCCAGGUAGUGGAGGAUGAAGAGGAUGAUGACGAGGAAGAGGAUGAUGAUGAGGAAGAGGAAGGAGAAGAGGAGGAUGUGAGUGGAGAAGAAGAGGAGGAUGAGGAAGGUUACAAUGAUGGGGAAGUAGAUGAUGAAGAAGAUGAAGAUGAAGUUGGUGAAGAAGAAAAGGGACAAAAGAGAAAACGAGAACCUGAAGACGGGGGAGAUGAAGAUGACUAAAUGGAAUAACCUAUUUUGAAAAAUUCCUAUUGUGAUUUGACUGUUUUUACCCAUAUCCUCCCCCCACCCCCACCCCACCCCCCCUGAAACUUAUUUUUUUCUGAUUGUAAUGUUGCUGUGGGAAUGAGAGGGGAAAAGUGGAUUGGGUGGGGGGUGGGAUGGGGUGGAAUAAAGUACUAUUUUUACUGCCGCUCUUAAA